CGAAACAGAUAUUUACUUGGGCGUAGACGGAACUAGGACAGUAAUAUUGUAAAAGUGUUUUAUUUGGAUUUCAGUUGGUAUUCAUAUAUAUAUAAUUUGGCAUAGUAAAACAGAAAGAAAAUAUAUUUGUCGAUAAUUUCUUUUUUUUUAUGUAAAAGAUAUUGAAAGUAUAUAUAAAACGUACAAACAUUGGUUUUCAAAUCGAAAGUAGAAACCAGUUUAACACAACUUCAAAAUGGCUACUAGAAGACUUCAGGAUUCAAACAGAGACAAUGCAGGCGACUUUAUUGGAGAAUGUGCUGUGACACAAUCAUGUGAGCCAUGUAUGAAAACCAACAUUUCAAAAACUGCUACGGUUUUCUGUAAGGACUGCGAUGAGUUCCUGUGUGAUGCUUGCAAAAAUCCACACAUCGUCUACAAACCAGGAAAGCAUGACAUUGCAAUUAUUCAGGACAGAAAAUCAGUACGAGUAGUGGUGGACAUGGAAGGAAUGGAUAUGUGCCCGGAGCAUGGAAAGGACAAAAAGAAAAUUGAGUUUUAUUGUAAAGACCACUCCAAGUUUUGUUGUAUUGAAUGCAGGGUCAAACACAAGAAAUGCGAUAGCGUAGAAAAGUUAGCCGAUGCAACUGCUGACAAAUGGUCAGAGCUUCAUGCUUUGAAACAGGCACUGCUUACAUUGGAAUCCGGGGCUGACGCUAUUAUAGCCGAGUGUAAGCAUUCAGAGACAGGUUUUAAUGAGUCCAUUGCAAAGAUAUCUUCAGAAGUCGAUAAAAUGAGAGAUCGUAUAAUACAACUAUUCGACCAGGCAAAGCAAAAGUUAUUAACUGAGGCUAAAGACUUUAAAACUGCAGAAAUCAAACGCAUCGGAAAUAAGCGUGACACUUCGUCCAAAGUUAAAGAAGAAAUAAAUAAAGUAGUGCCAAUGUGUUGUGCCGUUUUAGAACGCGGAACACCUACCCAACAGUACAUUUGUUCGAAGAUGAUUAAAGAAAAACUACUCAAAAUGGAAUCAAAAAUCAAUGAACAAAAACAGAUUAAAAUUGCAUCAACGGUGAAAGUGUCAUUUCUAAAAGAGCUGACUUCAUUGCUUGAGAUGGGAAAGAAUUUUGUAAAACUGAAUUCUGAAGGCGACAAGACAGUUGAAGCUGGCAUCUCAGCAGCAUCAGCUUGUCCUCGGUCGUCAUCUCAUCGUCUAUUUGGCAUCGUCGGUAGCACAGCAGGAAGUGAAGUGAAUUUCAAAUUGCCCAUAUUUAAAUUAACAUCCGCCUGCCUUCGUCAGUGUUAUGCCGUGUUUUUACCUUGUUUCACCGUGAAGGUCCUUGUUAGCACCCUUUCUAUCCGGCGUCGUCCGUGUAUCUGCCGCGUUGCCACCAUAUAUAUCCAUGUUUGCAACCUCUUCCUCCUAUGUCAUGUUUGCACCCUCUUCCUCCUUAGUGGCUCCGUGCUGAUCCGUGAUGGUUGCGAUAAAAUCAAACUGUACCGGCGUCAUCUUCCCGGUUUGUCACGGGUCAAACGGCAGGUUUGAACUUCCCAUAACUUCCGUGUUAGCCUCCCGUAUCCCCAAGGACAAUACCGAACGUUCCUGGAUCUACAAGGAUCGACAAUUAGCUACACGGCGGCUACAUGGUUACAUCAGAUUGAGAUCAGCCAUGGACAUCGCGACCUCAAUCGUAUAAAACACGUCUUGAUUUGACGAUUACACUCUAGAUAAUCGUGUCAGAGAGAUAUCCAAUGUUGACUCGUUCCAUAUUCUCAAAAUGGAACAUGUGUAAACGUAUCGUAACGUGUCGCAUCCAAUAUCGCAAUAUAGCUGAAACUAGGGUUUGAAAACGCAUCACAAUUUAAGUAAGCCUAAAAUAUUAUCAAAAGUAGGGAGGCAAAAGGUUACUAAAUCAAUAAUCGCUUAAUAUAUUAUUUUAACAGGUUUA